AUGGCUUCCACUCCGGCUCCGGCACCGGAAUUCAUCAUGGGAGCUCCUCCCGUGACAUUGCCACAGAGCUCACCAUUGGAUCAGUUUCCCAACAUUGUGAGUCAGGUAAGUGACCACAUUCACGAACCCAACCACCAAUUGCGUUGGCCAGAAUGGAUGGUAUUGACCCGAUUGCGUGAGGCAUUCGCGAUUUUCUACGUGCAUUUGGCAUCAAUUGCUGCAACUCUGGAAUUGCACCAAUGGAAGAAUGCCCUGAUUGAGGUCACGCAGACCAUUGAUCACUAUGUCACGGUGACAUUGAAUGAAGGAAUCAUUCACUUGGAUUGCAGGAAGAUUACAGGCAUUGAGCUUCAAUUGGGCUGGACCAUUGCCAACAAAUGGUCACGCACAAUGACGCCAGAUGGCUACUCGGUGCAUUGUGGUUAUGAGAAUUGCGCAUUCCUGAACUUGAUUCACAUGUGCAACAGAUGCAUUGCCCACAUGAGAGCAACAGACAUUGCGGACGGAAUUCCCGUCUUCUCAUUGAAUCUGGCAUUCCUGCUAUUGGACAAAACGACUGAAUGCUAUCGUGCAUUGAAGUCGAUUUUCACCCGGGCAAUUGCAGUGACAUUGUUCAGAUGCCGUGAUCACAGACCAGUUGAUGGAUUGGUCGAACGGUUUGCUUGCUUAGCAUUGCCGGCUUCGAUCAUUGAGUCAUUGGUGAGCGGACAAGUCACCAACAUCCCCACGCCAUUGGGGCAAUUGAAUCCACAAAUCAGUGUGGAUGCGAGUCUACGCAAAUUGUGCCAUUGGUACCGCCAAAACCGAUUCUCGCGCAGUCAGUGCGCGGAAUUGGUGAAAGUAUUGAUCUUCCGGCCCACGAGAUUGAUGAUGGACACAAGAUUGAAAAAUCCGGAAGGGAUUGGUGGUUUCCAAAAGUACCACAAUUGCUCAUUCCUCAGUUGUUCUUGGUGCUUGACUAUUGACAGCACUCAGAACCAGAUUGGUGAAGAUUACGCCUAUUGUCUGGGUGGGAUUGUUCGUCAGCAUUGCAUUGUCCUCGAGUUGGCAACAUUGAAUGUGGAAGGAUUGGCUUCCCUGAUGCACAAUUCGAGCUACGAGCAUUGGUACCCGACGGAAGCUGUGCACCGUCAUUGCACAUUCCCUGUCUCGAGCAUGCAGAUUGAGGGUGUCCCUGAACUCAUGCUAUUGUCGGAAAACUGCGAUGAGAUUCCGGCUGACGACAUUGCAGCAAGUGCAGGAUUGGGACCCGGAUUGACCGACUUCGGAUCUUCGUCGUCGUCAUUGACGAGUCAGGAGUAUAGCGUAAUGGUUGCCACUGCGGCGGCCAUUGCGCAGAAGAAACGCAAGGGCCAGUAG